AAAUAGAUACUACAUAGAAAAUAGAUGAAAGAAUCUCAUUCUGUUGGGUCAUUUCUGCUCCCUCAAUUUCUCUUACUCUCAGUUCAACAUAGAUAAAAAUGAGGAACAUUAGAAAGCUAGCAUGCUUCACACUCUAUCUUUCUGUAGUAGCACUUCAAGUAGUUGAGUGCCGUUUUCUUAGCACCAGUGUUUCUCAGUCAUUGGUUUCUGAUGGGGAUGAUGAUGUUCAGAUUCAGACCCAAGACUCUUAUCUAAGACUCAUAGACCAAGGGGUUGUUGAACAUGAAUCUUCUCCAGGGGAGUACUGUAAGCAAAUGUAUGGGUUCUUGCCAUGUUCCAACAACAUUCUUGGUCAUCUCUUCCUGAUUUUGGUUUAUGAGUACUUGUUGUUCCAUGGAGAGUCAUAUUUGGCUGCUGGGGGUGAACAAAUCUUCAAGAUUCUUGGUCCUGGUGUUUUUGGUGCUAGUGCCUUUGAUAUCCUUGGUGCCCUUCCAGAGUCCUUAAUUCUUGUUGUUACUGGUCUUUCCAGCGAUAAGGAGAGUGCACAAGAGUAUGCUUCCACUGGAGUUGGUUUGUUGGCUGGAUCUUCCAUCUUGCUUCUUACAGUAGUGUGGGGAACCUGUGUUAUUAUUGGCAAGCAAAAGUUGAAAGAUGACCUUAAUUCUGUUAGCUCAACUUCAUCAAUUGGAAGAAUAAAAAAAACUUUGACUGGUUAUGGCAUCACCAUGGAUGUAGAGACCAGAAAGAUGGCAAUAAUCAUGGUUUUCUCUGUUAUACCACUCAUCCUAAUGCAGAUUCCCAAAGUGUUUCAGCUAUCUUCUACACCACGUGAUGUGACCUUGAUGGUUUCUCUUAUUAUUUCUGUGGCUUUUCUCAUCUCAUACUUUAUAUACCAGGUAUUUAAACCUCAGAUAGAGAAAACAAGGCUAGAAUACAUAAAACAUGAUGAUUUGAUAUUAAGAAUUUUUCAACGAGUUGAAAAGCAAACUCUGCAAAAGAUCCUAACCGAAGAUGGAACUCCUAAUAUAACUGCUAUCAGUGGGCUAUAUCAUGAAAUCAGUCAACGUGGAAACAAGGAUUUAUUAACUUCUGAAGUGAAAGAGUUGCUGCUUGGGAACAACUUAACUGACACAAAUAUACAAGAUGAAAAAAUUGCAGACAUGUUGAAAGUUUUUGACCGAAACGGUGACCAAAUUAUAACCAAGGAAGAAUUUGUCACUGGCUUAACUGAAUACAUUAACCAAUCAAAGCAUGCUCUGGAUCAAAAGUACCUCCCCAAAGAAUCUAUGAAUAAAAUGUAUCAGACUUUUAUCAAGCCAUGGAUUGAACAUGUGAGAAAAGAACGUGAGUUGAAGGGACAUCUUAUUUCUGGAGUCUUGAAGCAUGCUCAGGAUGAUAUGGUUGGCAGGUUGCUCACAGCUGAAGGCACACCUGAUACAACUGCUAUCAGAAGGUUGUUUGAACAAGUUGACACAAAUGGGGAUAACCAUGUUUCGAGAUCUGAGUUAGAUAAAAUAGUGAAGGAGAUCCACUUUGGCAAGACUGUAGAUGUAGAGGAGGCAGCUGCAAAACUACUUCAAGAUCUUGAUCUCAACAGAGACGACGAAAUCAGUGAGAAUGAAUUUGUUGAAGGUCUUUCAAAAUGGAUAAACUCAAAUUCCAGCAAAACUGCUAACUCAAAAUCCUCAGCUCAAGGAACACAUCAAACCUGGGAAGAAGUGGAAAAGGUAAUGGAAGAGAAUCAACAAAAAGGGAUAUCUGCAUGGUUGGCAGCUAUAGGAUAUGUGGUGUUGGGAAUUACUAUGCUGGCUCUUCUUGCAGAGCCUCUAAUAGCAAGUGUUCAGAAAUUCUCUGAAGCUGCGGGGCUUUCAUCCUUUUUCAUCUCAUUUAUUAUAGUCCCCCUGGCUACAAAUUUUAGAGAAGCAACCAAUGCAAUCAAAGAAGCUAGCCACAAGAAAAGCGGUAACACUUCACACACAAUGUAUGAGAUUUAUGGAGCGGUGUUCAUGAACAACAUUCUUGGCUUUGUGGUGAUCUCUAUUCUGAUAUACGUGCGAGAAAUUACUUGGGAAUUCUCAGCUGAUGUACUUGUUGUGGCAAUUGUUUGUGCUGUAAUGGGACUCGCUGCUAGUUUUUUCCACACUUUUCCAGUUUGGACAUCCAUUCCAGCAUACCUCAUGUACCUACUCUCGUUGCUUAUGGUUUUUGUUCUCAAAGAUGUUCUUUAUUAUGUUUAGUGACUCCUUGUGAGCGAGACCAAGAGAUGUGACAUAACAAACUUUGGGUGAGGAUUGUUGACAAAAAUUGUAUUGUGUGGUCCUGCAUAGAGCAGAAUAUGUUAUACUAUAUAUGUUAUGAAUUGUAAUGGUGCAGUUGAUGUAAAUUAAUUGAGACAAAUAGUGAAGUGGAAGAAACGAUAAUUGGCUCCAAAUAGUGAAUUCAUAUGAAUGUCUAGUCCUAGACAGAAACAUUCUGGCGAUUA